CCGGCGGGUUCGUGCUGGCGCAGUUGCAUUUGGGGAGCUUGCACUUGGAUGCGUCGCAGUUGUAUCCGGCCGCAGCGGCGCUAGAGGUCGCUCCGCUCAAACUGCCGUCAUCCUGAGCCCACGCGAGGAGCGGGCCCAAAAGCAUAAGGAGGACGUGAGGUAACAUGAUGAUGAUGGACGGGAUUCCCGCCGCUGAGUUGGACGAAGAGAGGAAAAGGCCGCGACGGCUUGCGCACGUAGCGUGGCGGGGAGUGGGUCGAGUGAGGGAGGUCGGAAGAAAAGGGCGGAGUAAGGAAGGUACGAAACGAUACCAAAUAGUUCCAGGCUGCCGAAUGAUGGGUGCCGUGCCAAGCGACAGCGCUCGUUAGGCAUCCGCUCUCUUUCCCGCUCUCUCCUCUCUUCAUCCACAAGCGCGAGUGCCGGUUCGCUGAUUGCUCCAUGCCUCCUCUCCUGGCCCGAACAGCUUUCCGUGAGAGUGCACGCCCGAGCUCGAAGCUGCUGUACUCCCCCCCUCCCUCCCAUCUUCUCACCGCAACCGGCCCGGACGAGGCAACGGCCAUGAACGCCCGUGCACCCCCAUGUCACAUCGCCCACUGGUAGUGUGGUUCGAGACGCGUGACUUGACGCAACAACCUGCUCCCGGUAAUCCCAGUUGAACGACCAUCCUGCAUCGGGCGAAUACACCGAGGAAGCAAGCAAAUGCAACGAUUCUCUGACGGCUGAGAAACGAAGUCACUCCGCUCAAAUUCCUUAUCAGACGCGGGCCCUAGGAUCUAUUGGGAUUGAACCGAUGCACUAUUGGAACACGCAAGACGCAUACAUCCUCACCUAUGCAGUGAAGGAUGUCCAGAUGGAGAUCCACAUGUCCAUGACCGGACUGUGGGACACUGGGCCAUUCUCUUCUUUCCGGGUCCCGUUGGGCUCCAACCACGACCACAAACACAAAAUACUUACAACCCGCUCCUUGCUCGUCGCCAACGACAGGUCUAAGAAGUCAUCGACGAUAUGAGGAUGGGGAUUAUCGAGCAGGGAGGGGAUAUGGGAGGAUGUCUGCGCAGUCGAGGGAAGAAGUGAACCUGGUCACGAUUCGAGGGAGCCGGCAACCUUGCAUCGCCCAGACCUGUUCGCGUUGCAUCUAUGGGCAACUCGAGAACUGGGGUGUGACUAAGUUUGCGGUCAAGCUAUAUACGAAGCCAGCUCUCACACUCUUUGUUCCGCACCACCAUCUUCCUUUCUCCGCACGACCCCGUCUGCGCCAUUAAAAGCGACCGGAAUGCUCUCUGGGACGUUGCUCAUCGGCUUGUUGGCGCCUCUCCUUGCGUCGGUGAAGGCACAGGAUGGAUCCAUUUCGGGAGCCACGUCGAGCGCCUCGGCCGCCGGUUACUCCUGCGACGCAACCAAGUGCAAGCUCCCGACCUGUAAUUGCGCGAGUACGAGUCCGCCCGGAGGGCUCAAUGCCUCCGAUGUUCCGAUGUUCCUCAUCUUCACCGCCGACGACGCCAUCCAGUCGUAUACUCUCGAUUCUGUCAACCAGUUCCUCGCACAACGAAAGAAUCCUAACGGCUGCCGACCGAAAAUGACGUACUAUACCUCCCUCAACUACACUAAUUACACCCUCGUGACAGAUUGGUAUGUCGCCGGAAACGAAAUCGCGGACCACACAAUCACCCAUGUCGGAGCGCCGCCUGAGAACGAAGUGGCCGGCAAUCUGAUCGCGCUUAAUGCCUUGGCCGGGAUCCCGCUCAAGGACAUCAUCGGAUUCCGAGCCCCGUUCCUUAACUACACAGUCGACACGCUGAAGAUGCUCCACACCCUCGGCUUUACGUACGACUCCAGUGCCGCCUCGGCCAUCCCCGUGACAGCGCAGGGGACCGAUGCAUACUGGCCGUACACGCUUGACAACGGGAUGGCGAACGACUGCUUGCAGGUCGAGGGCCAGUGCAAAGGUCAGCCUGUGCUGCCUGGGUUCUGGGAAGUCCCGAUGUAUGCCACGUUCGACGAGCGAGGAGCUGCCGGCGUGCAUCUCAUGGAUCCGUACCUCGACACGGCGAAUGGCAACUCGGCGGUCAACGACACGGCGACUCUGGCCUACCUCAAGAGCACGUUCAUGGAUCACUACAACGGCCAGCGUCAACCAUUCGGGUUGUACACACAUCCGAUCCAUUUGGCAUACAACUACCCCGGAAUCCAAGCACCGAACUCCACCAUCAAUAUCGUGAACGAGUUCCUGGACUGGGCGCAGCAGCUGCAGAAUGUUUGGAUCGUUUCCACAGAACAAGUGCUGAAAUGGGUGAUGAAUCCGGUCCCGCUCUCUCAGCUCGACUCUUUCGCACCCCUGCAAUGCUCGACGCCUCAAAUCGACAACUCGACCAAGAUUUGCAACGGCAUGCCCCAACACGAACAGGGACUGAUAGAAUUGUGUGAUUUCUCGGACUUCCCGUUCUACACCUGUUACGGAUGCCCUGUGGACGAGAUCACUCCGGGAAACCCCAACCCCAGCCAGCAGAACAAGGAUGGAACGAUCCGUCACCGACUACCCAGCAACUGUUCCACCGCGUUCUGGGAUCCCAUCGCAGGAAACUGUCUGUGCAACGCCAACACCUGCGCGUUCGUCGACAACUCACGGCCGAUCGGGCCGAACGGCGCCAAUCUGACUGGCGGAGGCACCGGAGGAUCCAACACCACGACCGCCAGCGCGACCCCGUCGUACGUGCCGUUCAACGGCAAGGGCUACGCUGUGCCCCCUGGGAUCUGGGCCGCGACGCUCGUUGCCAUCCUGGGUGCCGGUGCCGGGGUGUGGGGUAUCGGAGGCUUCUGAUGAGUCAUGAGUGGAUGUUGGGAGAGCAGCACCCUCCCGGACAAUUUCGAUCUUGGACUAUCUUCAUCUCAAGCAUGCAAAUCAUUUUUGGCAUUUCCACUCAUUGUCAUUCGUAGUGUACGAUGCCUCGGCAGAUCGAUCUGUUUGUUUCUAAGUAUGCAAUGUCCCACGUGUUGCACCAGAUAUAUUAUCUGGUUUUGAGCGGUAACCCCUGGAGUACAACGAACGGCUACGUUCCACAACCACCUAGACUACUUUGUCAUUCAGUUGUUACAAGAUCCUCGACUACAACUUACAUUCAUAUUUCAAUACACUAGCGACUCCUACAGCGCCUCUAGAAUCACCUUCACACCCCAGGCUCCGGGAUCAGCCACCUGCUCCCGGCUGAGCAUCCCGGCAUCGACAUACGCGCUGCGCCCAGCCUUCGCCUCGACGUCCUUCGUGUGCGCGGCGGCUUCCGCAGCCGCCUUCACUGCGCCGGAAAAGCCGUCCGGGAACGCGUUGACGAACGCAGCGAGCGGGUCGACCAAGGUACGAGACGGCGGCCGUGCGCGGGUGUACGUGUAGAGCUUGGCAAGCGCGCUGGCCAGUGCUCGUUCCCACAUUUCGGGAGCCGAGUUCUGGGCGUGAGUCUGGAUUCCCUGGGCGAGGGCGGAGAGGUAGAUCCUGGAGAGCUUAGCGGUGAGACAGUCGACGACGCGUGGGGACUGCUCACGAGUAGAUGGCCCCACUGGUUCCCCCCAUCCGAGUCUCCGCGACCUUCGAGAUCGCGACGACGUCGGAGACCAGAUCCGAUCCAGCGAUGUUCCCGGCCUCGAUCUCCCUCAACACGGCCUGGGCCCCCGCCUUCAAAGUCAGGCCGCAAUCGCCGUCACCCGCGAUCGUGUCCAUGCGGGUGAUUUCCGGCUCGGAAGCAAUGAGCGCAUUGCACGCCUUCGUAAGUGAUGUGACGAGAUUCGGGACGGACACGGGGUUAGCGCUAGAAGCCUUGUUGACGGCAGAGACUGCAGAAGGCGCGAGAGGCGUUGGAGUGAUUGGAGCCGUGCCUGAGGACCACUUCCAGCCGGGGGUCUUCGCAGGCGCAUCGAGCAGCAUGAGUAGUUUAUCGACUUUCGGGGCGUCCGACUCGUCCGCUCGAGGCAGCAAAACAAGUGAAAUGAAGAAGCCUGGCAUGUUGAGACUCGUCUGGGGGAGGGGAUUAGUUCAGGAUCCAGAGAUACACCGUGCAUGUUCACCAUGAAAGUGCCGGAGAUGACUCUGCGGACGACGAUCUGCCUCUUCUGCAGCUCCUCGUAAGCAGCGCGGACGACCCCACCCAGCUCGAGCUCGCUCAUCCCACCAAGAUUGUUCACCAGCAACACCACCUCGUCCUUUCCGUCGUUCUGAAAUGGCAGGUACGCCCGCUCUGGAUCUGUCGUGAGAGUGAUUAGGUCGAGCAGAGUCACCAUGAGCUCUGAGAGCGGUGGGAUGCACGAGAGACGCUGGUUGCCCGGCUCGUUGUGGAUCCCCAGGCCGAUCUCAAUUUCGCUUGUACCGAGGGAAUGGGAGGGUGACGCGGUGCCCGGGACCUGUUGAAGCUUGUUAGGGCACAAUAGAAUGAGCGGUAGCAGGAGGGUCGCAAUACAUGGCAAUGUUCCAGCCCGACCCCGAUCGUUCCGACACGACCCGAGACCCAUUGCGCGACGGCAUGCACCUCGUCGAGCGUCGCGCCCUCCGCCGCCAGGGCCCCAGCUAUCUUAUACACCAGCACGACGCCCGCAAGGCCACGGCGGCCGACGAGCCCACCCUGUGUUCUGCCUACGGCCACAUCGUCGCCGACUACGAUAAACUUGACGCGAUCCGACUUGUCUGCGUGCUCCGCGGCGUACUGUUCCGCCGCGAGCCCGAAGUUGAGAACGUCGCCGGUGUAGUUCCUAGCGAUGACGAUUGGCUGGAUGCAAUCUUGCACGCUACUGGAGGAUGGGAAUCACUGCUCACUUGACCAGAAUCAAGGUUCUUCGAACGAAUGAGAACGCCAAGUGCCCCAAGAUGUGUUGAUCGAGAACUUACCCCGCGUCGUUCUCGACCAGAUCCAUCCCGCGCCGCACUUGCGCCGCGUUGGGGGAAGCGAACACGUGGCCGCAGACCGCGGCGCUGAGCAUCCCCUCGCCUGGUCCGCAUCGUGAGCUGCUGCGUCGAGACAGCGUCUAGGGUAUCGCGAACCGACGAAUCCAGCAUGCGAAGGCUCAUGGCCGGAGCCGCCGCCGCAGAUGAGCGCGACUUUGGAGCGGUCCCGGUGGGAGUUGUAGACGACUGCCGCCGUCGCGUGUGAGACUGCGGGCCACCUCAAGGCCAGCCAAGGAAUCGAUGACAAGAGAUUCAGGGUCGUUCAGGAGAUGCUUCUGGAGCGCCAUCAUGAUUGUCGACCAAAGGGAAAGAGCAGAAUGGUGCGGAGAUACGAUGAUCACGGUUUGCUCGAACUUUGGCGCCUGGAACUCCGGCUUAGGGGACGGUUUCCAGCACGUGACACACGUGACGCACUCACUCUGUCACGCUAAGCGCGACCAGCACCCACCCACCCGCUGGUCACACAUUCGCACACUGAUUCAGUGGAAAAAUAAUCUCAUUACAAUUUCAUAAUCUUCGUACUGUGCUCAUGCGGCUACUUUUUCUGUGCUCGUAGCGGCGCUUGGCUGCAUACUCCUCGAGCGCACUGGCUCGCUCGCCCAGCCCGCAACGUACGCGGCGACCUCGAGCGCGAAGAGCACCCAGAACGCGAUCGUGAUUCCGCGGGGCACGAGCGUCCCGGCGUCAGCGACGCGGUUCCACUCGUCCAUCCCCGUCUUCAUCCCCGCGUAGAGCAGCGCGGUCAUCGCGAUCCCGCAGAAGACGUGGACAUGGCGCAGCGCGUGCUUCUGCACCGUGAUGGUCGGGAACGCGCUGCCCGGCUUGCUGUACCCCGCCGAGUGCGUGUAGUGCGCGACGACGCCGAGGAUGAACUGCAGCAGGAACAGGAUGAAGAUGGACAGGCCGAUGUCGUGGUGCGGGUCCUUGCGCGACCCGACGAACUGGUUCGGGUGCGCGCCGCUGUCGACUGCGGCGGUGCCGACGAUGAACACGAUGAUGACGCAUACGGCCGUGAGCGUCUGGAGUACGAGGUGCCCUUUGAACCACCAUUGGCGGUCGCGGAAGAAGCGGCCGAUGAGGACCGCUGCGGGCGCGGUGAACAACACCGCGAUGGAAGCGAAUACAGCUGAGCAGGUCGAUCAGCCGGAGGCCGGAGCUCUAUGGAAGCCAUGCGCACCGUGAGCGAUGAUCAUCUGGUCAUGGUAGGUAAACAUGUUCGUGGUCGUUGGCAGCUGAAGGGCGGGGGGAAGGGCAGAGAGGGAAAACCUGCUUCAAGCGCUGAAUCCGGGAACCCCACUUAUAUUACUGUACGAAACCAUCCGGCUUCUGUCGGUGGGAUAGAACUGCCAUUAGGAUACUUCCGGGCCCGUUUCGCGAUACUUAUUCCCGCACAGGGAAGUAAUUCGCUCUCCCAGAUGAAUCGACACGGAUCUAACGACGAUGCCAUGCCACUCAGCCAAGCUUUAUGGGCGCUCGAGCUCACAACGGCUUGCAAACACUGUCGCCCGGCGACAAAUUCAUAGACGAGGAAAAUUUUGUCGCUGUCAGUCAGAUGUGCUUAUCAGAUUUCGGCUAUCGGUUUAUCUGAUAGUCGGUGACAUGAGGUCGAAGAAAGGGCGAGACCGCCGCAUCUGGUCCCACGUUGUCGUUGGAGCCUGCAGUCCGCCAAAAACCUCCGAGAACGGUAUUGCAAUUUGCCUAGUCCACGCCCGACAGAUAUAUAACCCGGCGCGCCUUUUACACUACCUGAGUAGUGGAAAAGGAGAAUCCACGGGGGUCAAGUGGACAUUAGGUUGCCAUGCAAUCAGUUUACCAAAGUCCCGCAUAAUGGCCGUUCGAUAGUAAUCUCAUCUCCGUUUAUCAGAUAUUGCGCCGUAAGCUUCUUCUAUCAGAUUAGAUGAGAUUCUCCA